AAUACGUCGCCAUCAGAAUCCUCGCAUCCAGUGGCACGACCUACAAGCGAACAGGCAACAGGUGACGAACAGCACUUCAACGGUGCAAGCAACAGUUCCACUCCAACACCGCGGAGUAGCUCCGCAAACGAUACUUCCUCGCGUUACCAUGGCACCAGUGGUUACCCCACCUCAAGGUCAACUGACACCACCGUCCCCCUCCAACCACCACCAGGUCUCUUUCCCACGCAAGGGGAUGCUUCCAAUACCUCCACAACCCCCCAGUCCGAGACAGCCGCCGCCGCCACCACCACCCCACUCUACUCCGCUCGACCCACCUCCUAUUCUCUGGUCGGUACUGAUCCCAUUGCCGGACACUCGCGGCUGCCCCAUUCGAUGCAGCAACCGGCUCCGAGCCAACAAUUUGGCGACCCAUCCUACGCACAACCCCCUCUCACUGCCUCUCGCCAGGCCAUCUAUGACCACCCCCUCUACCCGCUGCUAACGCUCAUCUUCGAGAAAUGCGAACUUGCCACGUGCACCCCGCGCGACCGCAUCGCUGCACGCGCUUCAGCAGACGGUCUUCAGCAGAACCCACUGUCGACAGGGGACUCUGACGUCUGGUCAUCUGAGUCCUUCGACAGUGAUAUUCUCGUGUUCGCGGAAGAGGGCCGUGGGUGUAAUUUGUUGCCCCUCGCGACACUCCUCUCGAUCCUCUUCCUCCUCCUUCGCCUGUCUCGCAAGUACACAAUUGCACGCCUCACUGGCCGUAUUCGGUCCAAUUUAACGCGUCAGAUUGAUGACGAAGGCUUGUCCGAGCCCAAAAAUCAACACGAACAGGAGACAACGAAAUCGAUUCACUACUCUCUCUUCCUCCAUCUCUUCCAGAUAAUCCAGGCUAUCAGAGUUCUACGAGUUCACCUAAUAGAAAUCGAGAAGGUACACGAGCUCUGCGACAACUUCUGCCAACGCUACAUCGCUUUCCUUCGCAAUCGCAUGCCCACCGACUUGAUGGUGGAAGAUCGUGAGUCCGCGGGCUCAACAGGGUCUGCGAACAGUCCACAAGCUCCACCCCCCGCACAGCCAAAUCAGAUGCGUCCCCCCUACCUCCUUCCGGGCAUGGAGCCUCAUCCACCACCGACGGACGCGUUUCCUUCCCCGUAUGCGGCGAUGUAUUCAGAAGACCCUCAACGGCGGUAUCCUCCGGGCUACGCUGACCAAGGCGGCCAUCCCUUCUUCGAUACGUGUGCAGCUGCGGCGGCGGCAGCUGCCGCCGCCCAGGCGUCUAUGAUGGGGCACCUGCGACCACCUUUUCAGCAUCUAUCGGCCACCACGGAUGUUGUAGCCCCGUCGACGUCCGCAUACACGACCACAUCGCUUCUGACCGAGCAACACCUUCAACACCAGCAACACCAGCAGGCACUCGGUGGAGCCUUCAACAGCGGACGAGGCACGACGCUGUACAACAGCGCUGGAAGCAAGAAUGGCAGCAGUAGUGGUGUCGGGAACAUUCCAAUCACGGCUGGGGCCUAUCCCCAUCACCACUCCCACCAUCACCACCACCAUCAUCCGGGCGACACCUUGUCAAUCAACACCUCCGCAACAGGAGGCGACUCCGUGACAACCGCGACAGCUGCGGCAGCGGCAGCAGCAGCAGCGGCAGCCCAGUUCGGCUUGAAGCACUCCCCAGUCCUUGCCGGCAGCGGAAGCAGUCGCAAGUCGUCAGACACCGAGGACACCCACGGAAGCCCCUCGAAUCCGGACGGAUCGAGGAGCGGAAGUCGAGGCGGGAGCGGUGUGAGGUCCCGCUCCGAACUGACCUCCCUGCACCUCAACGGGAGCGGCAGGCCACCCUUCGACGCCUGUGGCGCGUCCAACCCCAUCUCACGCUACCACUCUUCCACAGGGACUCACGAAGUUGGCAGUGAAACCGGUGAGUACAUGAGCAUGAGUGAUGGACUCGCGAAGUCUAUUGGCUCAGGUGAAAACAUGGAUGACUUCGACGACGAAAAAUCGGCCAAACGGCAGAAGAAGCGUGGCAUCUUCCCCAAAGCCGCCACCAACAUCAUGCGUGCAUGGCUCUUUCAGCACCUCUCCCAUCCCUAUCCAUCGGAGGAGCAGAAAAAACAGCUUUCUGCCGAAACAGGGUUAACUAUUCUCCAGGUCAAUAAUUGCCCACUACUUCCUGGCGCAGACAAUUCCGGGGGUGGAAAACUCCCUACUGUCAACCUCGUUGGGGAGACGCUCUUCCACCGACGCCGCCUCACCCUCAACGCUUCCGGUUUGCUGACUGCUCACUCGAUCAAGAUUGUGUCACUGAUAUCCCCUGAACUCACAGCCCAACCCUCAACACACACGCACACACACAACAAUUGGGAAGGUGUGGCGUGCGUGUGUUUACCUUGCAAGCGUAUCCGCCUGCCUGCUCCGCUGAAUGCACGCGCUGUCAGCUGUCAGCCGAAGUCAUGGCAACCGCACGCCACACUGGUGCUUUCGAGGCACAUCAUCAUCCCAAUGCGAACGGUGGUGGUGGUGAGACAGGCAAAGGGUGGCUGGGGGUUCAUCAAUGCGCGGAGGCGGAUCGUUCAGCCAAUGAUUGACCAGUCAAAUCGAUCAGGACCUCUGGGUUACUCCGCGGACGGAAGUGGUCGGGUUUCGUACAUGGAAAAUCAGCACUUCGCAGCAUACGGGCAAUCAGAGUUUUCCCAAAACGCGGACAUCUACGCGGCGUUGGCGGUAGCAGCUGCUAGCGGUGGUAUGAUGGACGGUAGGUCUUUCAUGGCCCCAACCACUAACUCCGACCUGGUAGCUGCCGCCAGCAACGGCGGCGGCGGCGGCGGCGGAAGUGAUUCUUCCUAUCCCCUCUAUCGGCAUCCCCACUCUGGGUACCCGGGCGCUGCCCAUCACGCCGGCGGUGCUCCGUCUUUCUCCGCCUCCCCCACGCAGUCCUCAGGCAACGUCGACACCUUCAACAAGGGUCAGAAGUACUCGACGCCAAUGCGUAGUCCCCUGAACACCUCGCCUGCUUCCUCAGCCUACUCCCCGCCAGCUCAGUUCCGUGGAACCCCCAACGGGGGCUCUCUGUUCGGUGCGUACGGGGGGUUCUAUGUCGGCCCGCAACCGACGUCCACUCCACCCGAUCAACAGACGGUGUCUGGCGGUGCCCCAGAGCGACACGCAUCGACAGGGGGUUCAAGCAAUCCCGGGGAGGGCAACUCUUACGUGGGCACAGGUACUGACGGUGGUGGUGGUGGCAGGUUUGUAGCUCAUCACCACCACCAUCGCCACCACCCUCCUCCUCCACCACCACCUCCGCCUCCACAUCACCACCAUCAUUCGGACUCGGGGCCGUUGCAACAGGACAUCCACGCGAACUAA